AAGCGGUGGCAGUAGAUAGUCGAUACUUGACAGUGGAUUCGACGAGAAGUGGUACACAAACACACACACACACACACAUAUUUCACACCACUGCCAACGCUUCAACAUUCACAGAUUGUCACAUUACUAUCAAGUGACACCACUACCAUGGAUGAUUUCCAUCAACCUGCCACAACACAAACACCACUCAACCCAGAUGACGAGAACGCAAGAACUGAGGUCAACGCUGAAGAUGGAAUGAACAAAGGAAGGGUGAAUACUUGCGCUAAGAUCAACGCUGCGUUCGAGCCAGACACAGGUCCACUGGAAGCCAUUCCCAUGAAGGAGGUAACUGAGGGCGUGAAAGGAACCCCUCUUGAACAUGUUCAAGUUAACCAUGACAACGGUAACGCCGCCACUACCGCCGUCAACGUUCAUAAAACCACCGCCAGCCGAACACCCAUCACUGUAAUCGGCACCACAACAGAUGGUGCGUACCCCAACGACAUGGGUGAAGAGGGAUCCGAUGACGAAGACUACGGACUUUUCACUCUUCUACCAAAUUAUGCCCAGCUGAAAGCAAAGACAGAUAGCUUCCUACAGGGGCACGCCACUAAAAGGUGGCGGAAACUAGCAGUGUCAAUAUUGUUGGGAGUUGGUUACCUCGCCUACUUCUACGCCGUACUUGCUAUCAAGACAGAGAUGGAGGGCUUCAACUACUGGUGUGAGGCUGACGGCUUACUCAUUAUCCUGACCUUCUGUGUGGGUAUCGGCAUGUCUUAUUUUCUGGUGAUCAAGCCAUACUAUGGUCGUUCCAUCAAUAACAUAGUCCUCAAGCCAGUCUAUAAAGCGUAUGAGCGAGCGUGGUCUCUCAGGUGGGUAAGGUGGGCCCUAUACUUGGUGUUAACGGUGGCGGUGGGAGCCUUCUUAAUAUGGGAUACUAUCGACGAUUCCGAACGACUCCAGUCAGUUUUCGGCGUAUUCGUUUUACUGCUGUUUGGCUUCACAUUCUCCAGAGCACCAGGCAAGGUCCGGUGGCGUCACGUAGUGUGGGGGAUGUUGCUACAGUUCGUGCUUGGUCUGAUCAUCCUACGCUGGCCUCUUGGUCGAGCCAUCUUCCAGUGUUUGGCUGGAAAAGUCUCCGCCUUCCUGGCUACCACUGACGCUGGUUCAAACUUUGUCUUCGGCGACCUGGCCGCUGUCAUGCAUAUCUUUGCCUUUACGGUGUUACCAGUGACGCUGUACUUCAGCUUCUGCGUCCAGAUCUUGUACUACCUGGGGGUGAUGCAGUGGGUGGUACUCAAGCUGGGCUGGCUGCUGCAGGUAACUGUCGGCACCACCGUCUGUGAGAGUGUCAACGCCUCCGCCAACAUCUUCCUAGGCAUGACAGAGGCACCACUGAUGAUCAAGCCCUUCGUGCCCUUGAUGACCAAGUCAGAGAUUCAUGCCGUCAUGACUGGAGGCUUCGCCACUGUCGCUGGUUCUGUCCUCGCCGCCUACAUUUCCUUCGGCGUCGACCCCGUCCACCUGCUAUCAGCUUCAGUCAUGAGCGCUCCGGCGGCCCUCGCCUUCGCCAAACUUUUUUACCCUGAAACUAGAAAAUCCAGAACAGGAGCCCAAAAUUUACCCAUGCUCAAAGGGGAAGAGGCGAACAUGAUACAUGCAGCCAUGAUCGGCGUGGCAAAUGCAAUUCCACUUGUAGCCACCAUAGCUGGCAACCUCAUUGCCUUUAAUGCCAUCAUUGACCUCCUGAACAAACUCUUAAAUUGGGUGUGCAACCUGGUUGGUACAGUAGACCAGACUUGUACUAUGGAGAACGUUUUCGGUUGGAUAUUUAUGCCUCUCGCGUGGGUGAUGGGCGUCCAAUGGUCAGAAUGUGACGAGGUAGGCCAGCUGAUCGCCUGGAAGACCAUCAUCAAUGAAUUUGUCGCCUAUGCUAAACUCGCUGAGAUGAUGGAUGAAGGAAUUUUGUCGAAACGGUCAAUCAUCAUCUCUACCUAUGCCCUGUGUGGCUUCAGCAAUAUCGGUUCCAUUGGCAUUACCCUGGGUGGAUUAGGCGCCAUGGUUCCUUCCCGCAGAAUGGAUAUGGCCAAGGUGGCACUGAGAGCUAUGAUCGCUGGCAGCUGUUCCUGUUUUCUCACUGCUUGCGUGGCUGGAAUGCUACUGUCAGACGCCGAGAUCAACACUACGAAAUGACUCAAUCAGCAACAAUAUUUUGAGCGUUCCCAGUGAUCAGCUGUAAGAACUCAGGUGCUCUACUUGUGAAAUCAAGCAAGAUGUCUUAGAUUAAUCCCCAGCGUUGUGAUUCGUAUUGAACUUCAGGUCGGUGAUGAGAGGUGAUUGUUUUAGAUUGGUCAACUCACAGUUGGUAGCGAGGUGAAAGUGUUUGUAUUUCUCCGUAAUCCAUAGUUUCCUUGUGAUCCUAAAAAAUAAUAUAAACUAACCCUUCACACUAGCAUCAUAUCAAAUCAGAUUAAGAAGAGUUUAUCACCCUGAAUCUAUUACUAAUGCUCAAGCGAAAAAGUGCCUCUCCAGGCCAGCACUAGCCCAAAGUGGUUCUUGAUACGUGCGGCCUACUCGCACCCACAGUAGUGCCUUUCAGUUUUGUCUAAAAUUAAUAUAUGUCUGUUCCUCCCAAUAAAAUCUCAGUCACAA